AUGUGGAAACAAUAUGGGGAAGUGGAGGUUUUUUCACUUGAAAAUGGUAUGUUCAUCUUCCAUUUCUCGGAUGAGUUUACCUGUAAUGAGGUCAUAGAGGCCAAAAUUUGGCAUGUGGUGAAUAAGCCUUUUAUUUUGAGAAAAUGGGUUCCAGGGAUGCAGGUGUUGAAAUUGACUUUGAAAUCCAUUCCGGUCUGGGUCAAGUUUCUACACUUGCCUUUGGAAUAUUGGAAUCAUUCUUGCCUAAGCCAUGUUGCUAGUGGGGUUGGUAGGCCUUUGUAUGCCGAUUCCAUAACAGAGGAGCAAAAAAGACUGGGCUAUGCUAGAGUACUUGUUGAGAUUGAUGUGGAGUCCGAAUGUCCUAAAGAAAUUGUCAUUUGUAGAGCUAAUGGAGACUUGAUUAAUAUUGGGGUGGAAUACCCUUGGCUACCUCCGAAGUGCUCUUUGUGUGGAGGAUUUGGGCAUGCGGUGUAUGCUUGUUCCAAGAAGGAGACGAAGAAAUGGGUUCCCAAGACCCAUAUCCAAGUGGCUGGAAGUCUCCUAGGGCAGUGCAGACUCCUAGAAGAUACUAAUGAGGAAGAGUUUACUUUUCGAUCUCCUGUUAACUUCCUUGAUGUCUUUAAGAAGGCAUUAUCGUCUAAGGACAGGGGUAAGGCAAAGGUUGGUGAAGAUGAGGAGAUUCAGAGGAGUAUCGGGAGUAAGCAUGUUACAAUUAUUUGUCUUUUAGAAACCAGAGUUAAGGAAGAUAAUGCUUUGAGGAUUAAGGAUUAUAUUUGUCCAAGGUGGUUGAUGGUUCAUAAUUACGACUCCCAUCCUUUGGGACGUAUCUGGAUCUGUUGGGAUCCAGGGGUUGUGACCAUGGAUAUUGUCUCUUCUACUGAGCAGGUUCUCACUUGUAAGGUAACUGAGACAAAGGAGUCCGUUUCCUGGAUUUUGUCUGCUACUUAUGGUGCUAAUCAGGGGUUAGAUCGGAAGCGUAUGAUGCGGGAAUUGGUGCAUGUGAGGGCCUCUAUAGAUGACCUUCCUUGGAUUAUUGAUGGAGAGUUUAAUGUCAUCCGGUAUCCGCAAGAGUCUAGUGGUUCCCAUCACACUGGAUAUGAAAAGGAUUUUGUAGAGUGCAUCAAUGCUAUUGAGGUGGAAGAUCUUGCUUUUACUGGCUGCUUCCAUACUUGGACUAAUAAACAGGAAGGGAUGGCCUUUUGGAGUUUCUUUGAGUGUGGGAUUUCAGAUCAUUCCCCUGCUCUUGUAAACAUUCAGCAGCUUACUAGCUUUGGCCCUAAGCCCUUCAAGUUUUUCAACUUUUGGGCUGAUCAUAGGGAGUUUCUGGAUUGGGUUGCAGCUGUUGGCAGAUCGAGGUUGAAGGGGUUGAAGGUAGAGAGGGCCAGGCAGGAUCUUGCUUUAGCUCAGAGAGGGUUUUUAAACUCUUGUGGUAGUAGGGAGUGGUUUCUGAAGGAAAAGGAAUGUAUGCAUCAAUUCCUUUCUUUUAUGACAGCUGAAGAGAAUUUCAUUAAACAAAAGUCACGAAACCAGUGGCUUAAUCUUGGGGACAGCAACUCUGCUUUUUUCCACAAGAUUGUCAAAGCUCGGAAUGCUUCCAAUCUAGUAAAAAUUUUGAAGGAUGAUCAGGGCAAUUCUAUUUCAGAUCCAAAGAUUAUUAAGGAGAUGGCUAUUGACUUCUACAGGAACCUUCUUGGUUGCUCUACUCACGUUUUCUCUCAAACUCAAGCUGAUAGAGUUGCACAACUCAUUCAGCGACAGUUUUCUGCUUCAUGCAUUGAAGGUAUGGGAGCUGCUGUUUCUAGAGAGGAAGUUCGUAGAACUGUUUUUUCUAUGAAGCCUAGUAAAGCCCCCGACCCAGAUGGAUUCUCUGCAGGGUUUUUCCAUAAGGCUUGGUCUAUAGUAGGUGAUGGGGUUAUUGAUGGAGUAUUGGAAUUCUUUUCUUCAGGUAUUCUCCUCAAGGAAGUCAAUUCCACCAUCAUCACUCUUAUUCCUAAGAAAAAGAACCCGUCUGUCAUGGGUGACUACAGACCUAUUUCCUGUUGCAAUCUUGUCUACAAGACUAUCACAAAGAUUCUUGCUAAUCGGUUGCUGCCGGGACUUCCUAAUAUAAUUAGCAAUAACCAAGGGGCCUUCAUCCCGAAGAGAAGCAUUGCAGAAAACAUUCUGCUAGCCCAGGAAAUUGUGCAUGAUUAUCAUAAAAGUAAGGAGACCUCUAGAUGUGCUUUGAAGAUAGAUCUAAUGAAAGCUUAUAACUCAUAUGUUUCUUGGGUUAGAGCUUGUAUUACUGGCCCUUAUUUUUCAGUAGCUCUUAAUAGUACUUUAGUGGGUUAUAUUAAAGGCAAGAAAGGGUUAAGACAGGGUGACCCGAUCUCACCUUACCUUUUUGUGCUUGCCAUGGAAAUAUUGUCCAGGCUACUUAUGGAAGCUUCUUCUAAUCCUGAGAGGUUCAGAUUUCAUCCUAAAUGCAGCAAGCUAAGAUUAACUCAUCUGUGCUUUGCAGAUGAUUUACUCAUCUUUUCUAAAGCUGAUAUGGGGUCUAUUCAAACUAUCCAAGAUGUGCUUGCUGAAUUUGAAGUUUUAUCCGGCCUCAAAGCUAACCCUGCCAAAAGUGCUUUCUUUUGUGCUGGAAUUCAUAGAGAUGAUAAGUUAGCUUUCUUAGAAGUCCUGAAGAUGCCUGAGGUGUCUUUGCCGGUCCGAUAUUUGGGAGUUCCACUGAUUACUAGAAGACUCUCGGCUGUGGACUGUGAAGUUUUGGUAGCUAAGAUUGCGGGUCGUAUUGAUUCUUGGUUGGUGCGGCAUCUGUCUUUUGCAGGAAGACUUCAGCUAAUCUCUUCUAUCCUCUUUAGCCUUCAAAUUUUUUGGGCUAGAGUGUUCAUUCUCCCUAAGAAAGUGAUCCGGAUUAUUGAACAGAAAAUUAAUAGAUUUUUGUGGAAUGGGAAGGAUACCAAAGCUAAAGCUAAAGUUGCUUGGGACAAAGUCUGCCUUCCAAAGUCUGAGGGAGGUCUUGGACUUAGGAAGCUUGAUGUUUGGAAUUGUGCUGCCAUGCUUAACCAUAUAUGGAACUUGUUUUCUCAAGCCGGUUCUUUAUGGGUUGCAUGGGUCGAGCAAAACUGGUUGAAGGGGGGGAGUUUCUGGCAUAUUCCUCUACCUAAGGUUUGUUCUUGGAGUUGGAAAAAGAUUCUUAAGCUCCGGGAUGUAGCUAAGGAUUUUCUUAGCUUUAAAGUUGGGAAAUGUCAUGAUAUAUCUCUCUGGUUUGAUACUUGGCACCCGGCUGGUAGGCUUGUUGAUAUCUAUGGAUUUCGGAUAGUUUAUGAUUUCGGGAUUGGCAUUGAUGCUAAGCUGUCUACUGUUCUAAAAAAUGGAAAUUGUUGGAGUGGUAUAUAUAGAGAGCCUAGCCUAGCUUAA